AUGGCGUCUGCAAGACUUCGGCGCGCAUUCCGCUAUCCAGAUGAUCUGGAAGAUGAUGAGUAUGCUCGCGAAGAGUUGGAUGAAGAAGGUCUCCACCGAGGAAGGUUGGCUUACAGCUUGCGACGCUUGAAUUUCACUAAUAGACCUGCAGAGCAAGAGCGCGUAAUCCAAGCCCUCAAACUCUUCAACGAUAGACGAAAUUCUGAAUAUAGUAUUAUCUUCGCCGCCAUCCCCCUCUUGUCCGCGGCCAUCUAUCUUCCCCCAAUGCUGUCCAGUUCAUCUGCCACUAUCGACCGGUGCGUAGCCCUUGUGAGUGUACUGUCUCUGUUGGCAACCGCCCACAGCAUGAGGUAUCUACCGCAUCGACGUCGCGACAACAAGAGCAAAGGACACAUGAUGGACUCGAAUGGCCACACCCAAGCCCAGCAACUUCUUCCACUCAUCAAUGCAGCGAGCUGCAUACUAUUGGUGCUAAUUCGCUUGAAAUUCUCUUCCAAAGAAUCUUGGUUCAGCACCGAGCUGAUUACAUCCUCGGUUCCUGGAGCAAUGUUAGCAACUGUGUGGGUCGCGCGCAGGGUCAUGUUGUCCGUUGAUAUCAAGGAUCUUGAAACUCUUCGAUACAAUUAUAAAGGAGCCUAA